GUAUGCAGGCUGUGUCCGAUUCCGUAUGAUUUUAGUCCGGUCAUUAGCAUAUUUUUUAUCCAUGUUAUAUAUCAAGGGGAAGUUACUCUUUCAGUCCCAAACGAGAUGGCGAAGUUUUUCAGUCAGAAUGAUAUUGAUUUGUUCAAGGAAUGUUUCUUCUUCAUCGCAAAGCGAGGGUAUACGACUAGUGAACAAGAGAUGGGAACCAUCAUGAGGUCCUUGUCAUACAGUCCGACAGAAGAGGAAAUACAUAACUACUUUCAGAAAUAUGUGAAAGAUGGAAAGAUAGAUUUUGCAUCGUUUUUGGAAGUGAUGCAUGAACACAAUACAAAGGAAAAUGCCAUAAGGGAGAUAACCAAUGCUUUCAGAGCACAUGACAAAGAAGGUAGAGGGUAUGUGCAGACAAAUGAAGUGAAGAAUGUUUUGUUGAACCUUGGUGAGGGCCUGACACGUAGAGAAGUGGAAGCGUUAUUCAGAGAUGGCGGAGUCAGUGGUGGGCAAAUACGAUACAGUGACUUCAUAGACAAUAUAGCUCAACCCGUGCCAGACUAUUGAUAAAACUGACAUUAUUGACAGAGUUGACAUUACUAAUGAAGAAAAGAAAGAAAAUGAAAAUUCUUGAAAUAUAUGGAAGUAAAUAUUGUAAGAUUAAGACAUACAAAAAGACACACGUGAUGUAAAAUGGAUUCGUACCUUACAUAAAAUGAACACUUUAAAGUAAAGAAUUAAGUGAAUAGAUGUAUUAAGCAGAAAUAUUUAUUAAGAAAGAAAUCCAGAAACAAAGGCUGGUUGUUGUAUUUACUGUGUAAUGUUUAUUGAAAGCACAGAAUAUAGUUUAUGUUUUAUGAAAUUUUUGUGAAAACUCCUGACUAGUGAACUACAGCAAAAAUUAUUUUUUGAUGGACUUUGUUUUGAAACAGAUACAUAUUGUUGUACUGGGACAAUAUUUGCAUUCAAUUUUAGAGUGAAUUUUGAUAAAAUAAAAAAAUGAAGCGUAAAAUGCAAAUAACACAUAUCUAUAGCCUUUAUAUUUCUGAAAUGUUAAGUUUAAAAAAAAAAACUGUAAUAAAAUUAGAGGAUUCUCUUCCCAUUAUUUUCUUUAAUACUUAAACAGAUAUACAAGACGUACUUGUAAUGCAGAUUCCAAAAUGUGAUAUUAUAUAAAGCUAUACACAACGGGCAUAGUCUUAAGUUAUCAAUACCCUAUUCUUAAAUUGUUUGCACAAUUUGUGUUCUCAACUGUGCAAAUAUACAACUUUUGCAUAAUAGUUAUAUAGCUAUAUUGUCUGCAUUUUGAUCAAACAUACAGCAGACUGAAAUAUCACAGGGAAUACAAGUGCAGAAAUUAAAGGCUUUUAUUCACUUGUUUUAGGUUUUUAUUGAUGCAAGUCUUGAAUAUCGUUUGUGUACACUACAGUGCUCCCUCUCUACAGCGGCGCUCUGAGCAAGUACUUCCCUCCUUGCAACAACACUUGCUGCUGACUCUAAAAUAUGCUAAUUGUUCUUUAUUUUACCUCUCUGCAACAACUUCCUCCGAACAUCAACCAAAUAUUCCGUCUCCUAAAAGGUGUUGGUUUAAAGAGGGAGCACUGUAGCUGUUGCAUUUUAUUUGGAAGCAUUCCAUUUAUAUUUUAUUUACUUUGGCGAACUUCUUUUGGCUAAAAUUUAUUUGACAUGUGAUGUAUUUUUGUGUUGAAAUAUUGAACAUAUCAGUUUUAUAAAGAAUAUAUUAUUUGUUUGUA